AUUACAAAUUUUAAGUAUAUAUAUGUGUAUAUAGAACGAUGAAUGUGUUCAAUAGGACCUCGCCGCUGCUGAACCGCAAAUGUCUGCAGAAUAAGAUACAGCAGCUGACCCCGCUCCUCAAGAAGUUGGAAUGGGGCGCCAACAUGGAGGGCCUGUUCCGGGCCUCCUGGAGCUACUAUGCCAACGAUUGCCGGGAGCGACAGACGAACAUUCGCAAUACAGUCCAGCAACACGCUAGACUCUUGGCUUCAAAGGGCAACCCAAUGACUCCGCAGACUCUAUUUAAAUUACCUCCUGGCUUGAAUUUAGACGAGUACAUCUUCGAGGAGUUCAUGACGUGCUUUAGGGACUCCAGUCGGCAGAACUGGAGAGUGGAAGAUUCGAGACAGAAAUCCUACUACAAGCGGGGUAAAAAAAAGAAAACAGCCUUUGGACCCACUCCUGAGCAGUGGUUUGCCUGGAAAAAGGAGAUUGUGAAUGUGAAAAAACAGAUCAUGGAGUCCUCGAAUCCCUAUGAGAAGGAGGAGCUCAUGAGAAGGCUAUCGCUCCUUCACAAACUGAUCCAGCGACCACCCCUAGUUGUGAUUCCAUUUGAUCCAGAUACGGAUCACUCGGAGAUGAAGUCGAAAAAAAAUAGGAAGAAAGCGAGGUACAAAAAAAGACUGACACCACUUUUGCAGCAAUUCUCCAAGCACACCACCAUCUCGGGCAAUAAGCUACUCCAGCCGAACUACAGCUACGGCUACAGAUAUCCCAAUUAUGACGAUAGGUCGGUUUCCUCCUUCAGCGCUGAUGUCCUGCUGCUGCAGCAGGAACUCCUUGACGAAGAGAACCGAAAACUGAAUGCUGGGAAUGUAGUUACCAAUAGGAAGACCAGGAACUACAAACAAAAACCCGUAAACUAUAGCUACUUCAACAGGUCAAGCUUCUUCAAUUCCUGGAAGAGGCGUGACAACGCGAAGGACCAAAAGGGGAGAGUGGUGCAAGGGGAUGCAGUUUCAAAGACAAGCACAACCCAACAAGGCAGCAAAUAUUCAUUUGGAUCGCGUCUUCAGCAAUACAAGCACAAGUAUUCUGCUUCUGGUGGAGUCCUCCACAUCCACCGUCCAUCCAAGUCCAAGACGCGACUGGGAAGGGACGAGUCCAGGGAUGUGAAGGAAGGAAGUAGCUUUGAGCAAUUCGCCAAACUUCCGAAGAGGCCAAAUGAAGUGACCGCCGAUCCGAACUUCAUAAAUCAAAUGCCACCGGAGAAGAAGAGCAAGAAGCUUAAAAGGGAAUCUAACAAAGUCGACGAGAAGCCCGAAGAAGGCCACAGGCCAAGCGCGGCAUCGUUAGACGAUCUACAAAAGGCAAAUAAGAAGACUGAAGAUAAGAAGAUUGAGCGCUCAGAUGUAACCUGGGGAACUAUAGGUCCUAUAAAGAUACCAGAGAGACCCAACGACCAAUCUCAUUGGGGGCUAGAGGCCAAAGUGUCCAAGAAAUUCUCGAGCUACCUGGAUCUAAAAAUUCCGAUUCGAAAGACAAGGUCCGAGGGUGCUCUAGGAGAACCUGAACGGGAACAUAGCAGCUUUUGGUCUGGAACGACGGAUUUCGAAGUACCCACCGUUAAGCCUAGGAGGGAAUCUAAAAAGAAGGAAGCCGCACCUAAUCCGGAAAUUCCCGAGUCUAAGGAAGACGAGGGUGAGGAGAAGCCGACAGUAAAGAAAUCCCGGUCCUACAUCUCCUCGGCGAGAAGAAAAUCGACCUCCACGAGUAGGAUAAGGAAGGCUCCCGCCAUUAAGAGCUACUACUCGCAGUUGGUAUCGGCGUCCCAUUCGUCUAUUCAGGAUUCGUACAUUAGCGGCGCCAAUCCUAAAAUUCCCAUUCGGAUGACGGAUGACAAAAAUGAAAAAUCCCCCGCUCAGAAAACCUCUGAUUUUGGCUGGGGGGUGUUCCAGGAGGACCGUCCCACCUCGUCCUACAAUAUUCCGUAUGCUCCAAAAAAAUAUGUGCCACCUAUCGCCACACUGCAACGACCUCGAAGUAAGAUCCAGCAACAAAAAGUGCCGGAAAACACCGAAGCUGCAAAGAAUCGGGAAUCCAACAUAAGUGAGAGUUCGGAUGGGUAUGACCAGUACGGUGAUAACACGGUGUCAUUGACUGGAACAGAGUUUGAAAUGUACAAGUACUCCAUUGAUGCGAACGCCACGGACAAUUCGUUGAUUAUAAAUAACGAGGAUAACCAGCGAUCCCUCCUCCCGAAACCCAUGAACAUAGAGGAGUUGAUAAAGGAGUUCAUGGACAACGAGGGCUUGGAGAUUUGGUGGGAUCAGUCGAUAAAAAAGAUCUUCAGGCACAAUGCCCUCGACCACUCGUCGUUCACCAGCAUUCGGAACAGCAUGAAGUUCUUAGUACCGCCGGAGUCCAAGGAGCCGCCUCAGCUUAAAGUCCGCAAGUUCAAGAUGAAGCGAGUCAGGAAGAAGUGUGAACAGGUCGAGGUGCCUGUGAAGAGCUGCUGCUCGCUGUGCCACAUCCUGCACAAGAAGACAUCGGCACUACGUCCCUACAUGCAGAAGAUGGUGAAGCAACGCCAGCAGCUGGAGCUGAGGACCCACUACACCCAGAUGCUGUUGAACUAUCACCGGAAGAACCAGGAAGAGGCCCAGCGCCAAAAGAGGGUCUGCACUCGGGAAGUCCUGACGAGUUGCUUCCAGGCCCUGCGCCUCUGCGAAAGUAUCCUGGCCCGCAAACGACUGAUGAAGGUGCAAGGACACCCAAGCAUGCCCUGUUGAAACUUCGUUUAAAGAUUAUGUUCUAUUUUUGGCUAUGAUCAUCAUUUGGCAGGCUUAUCUUACAGUAAGCCUGGGAAAUGAUGGACACAACCAAAAAGGAGCUUUCCAAUAAUUGGUUUCUUGUGAGAACUGUUUUAAAAGUCUAAGUUUGAAUAAAGUAGGUAUGAGAAUGAUAAUCCCCUACAGGAGGCUGCAAA